CAUGCAAAUUAAUUUGAGAGCUCCCGUGAUGCGUGUAAGGUGUGGAGCGCGGGUUGAGGAUGUCCUUCACAGGGCAGUGACGUGAUGUAAUGGCCUUGGUGAAACACAGACUGUGGUGAAACUGUCCGGAUGCAAUGCUGUCAGAAUUCCAGGAAUGCUGAUGCUGCUGUCAGCAUUUUUUGAAUCUAACACACACUGGGCCUCUACUACUGCGUGGCGUCUGGCAACAGAAAGAGGUUGGUUAUUACUCGUACGUGAUGCCAAAUUUCUGGUUCCAUGCAUCUCGGUGCAUAUUGUCACGAUGCACUGUAACACUAUUCGAUUACGGCUAUAAUACGGACUUCAACGCAUUAGGUGGAGUUGCUUACGUCAACAAUUUGCAGGUGAUCUCGUCUGUGCAGUUGUGAUGUCGCUUCAAUAAAAGAACCCUCUUCGUACAUCAUGGAAUCGGAUAGUGAUGUAACAGAGAUGUUGGAAGUACCUGGCCACUUUCAAAAGCCUCACCAGAUAUUUAUUUCGGAGCAAGCUGACUGGUCAUUUGAAAAUAGUGCUCAGGAGGAAACUGAUCCUUUAUGCAUUGAAGAAGACCAGGACUGCGAGAAUCUGGGACGAGGAGAGAAACAACCCACGGUGUGGCCGCCAGUGAAAAAUCGUGUUAUUAAAGAAGAGCCAGUCGAGGGAGCUGACGUGAAUUUUCCACCGUCGGAUUUGACUGUGAAGCGAGAAAAGGGUGCCGCAGAUUCGCUACCGAGUGACGGAGUCAGAGUGUCUGCUAUUCGUCAUGUUAAAGAGGUACAUCAUUCGGCAGUCGUCACAUCCGACAGUACAAGGAAAGUUUCACUGUCAGCUUCUGCAUUUCACAGAAGUAUACCAGUAUCGGAGCCCUCGUCACCUUUGCCGCCUUACAUCAAUUACGUCGGCAACACACGGUCGGGAAGCUCUCUGAGAGGUGCAGACGGUACUGCAGCCUUCCUAGGAAAAGAAGACGACGACGAAGUCGAGGUGGUACCCCGCAAUCCAGUCGUCUGUCCUGGACACGCCAGGAAACGGAUCCCGUAUUCCCAGAUGCUCACCAUGGCUAUCAUGGAUUCCCCAAACUGGCGUAUCUCAUUGAUCUAUAGAUACACCAGGAGGAACUUCCCGUGUGUCAGGUUUCGGAGCAACUGGCAGAAUUCCAUCAGGCACAUCCUGUCCAUCAGCCCACUCUUCGUGAAGACGCAGCGCACACCCGAGCGCAAUGCCCACUACUGGUCAGUCGUGCCUUCGUUUGCGGACACACUGCGGGAGAACUUCAGCUUGCCCAACCAGUACUGCUGCAAGUGGCAGCUGGUGAACCGACUGCAGCGCGGCUGCACCCAGACGCCACCUCGCAAGCGGCCGCCGCAGUACGCCCAGGGCCAGCUCUGCGAGCCCUCUACCCGUUACAAAACGAGCAAGAGCUCAUCAUCCACGCAGAAGAAAACUCCACACAGUUCGUCGGGAGACAGCCGUCGCGUAGGUCCGAGGAAGCCACAACAUCCAAUUUCGACACCGUCCGUUGCAGACUUUAAAACUGAAACAAGGGACGAGUUGGAUUGGGGCUCAGAAGAUUUUCUUGGCCAUGCACCGCCCCUCAAACUGCUCAUUGCACGGGCCAUCAUGCUGUCCCCGUACAGGCAAGUACCGUUAUCGGUGAUCUACGCGUACUGCAUAAGGCACUGCCCGUACUACAAGAACUACAGGUGGCAGUGCCAGAUGCUCAUUAAGAGCAUCCUGGCCAGUGAGGCGUGUUUCAAGAGGCUGUCACAGGAGGUUGACAACAGGACGGACUACUGGAGUUUUGAUAUGCGAUACAAGGAUUUAUUGGAAAGAGACACCUGCCAAUCACCGGGUGACGAUCUCGAUGCUGCGUACCGUAAAAUCUGGGAGCACGAUCACGGACUGUACCCCAAGCGGUUGGAAUCGCAUCUGGACGAGGACGACAGCACCGGGCAGUGCUUCCGCCCCAACCACUCGCCCGACAGCCAGCUCACGGACACGGCCUCUGAGUCCGGCACGAAUACCGACAAAGUCCUGAGCCUGACGCAGUGCCGGAGGCUACAGGGGCUAUCGCAGAGCUGUCCUCCUGACACUGGACGCAUUGGAGGUGGUGCGACGAACGGAAAUAGGUCGACGACAGGUGUCGGUGGCAGUGGACGUGAGUGUAGUCCAAAGCAAAACAGUGUGUGCGACUCCUAUCUGGAAUCCCUACUGAGACACAAGAAGCAGCAUUCGGGUUAUUUAUUUGUGGACCAACCCACUGAUGUUCUGGACAUUAAAGAGGAACCGAUCCCUGAAGAAUUACCCAUGUUAGACAUUUAUACUGAAGAAAACGGAGAACAAACACCAAGCAUGUGUACUACACUUCUGGAAGCUGAUGUCUUCAGACCAGUGAAAAUCGAACAAGAGAAGGAUGAAUACCUCGUUCCUGUUAAAUAUGAAAUGGUUGAUACUUGGUGCUAAUACUGCUGUGAAGUUGCAAGGGAAAUAGAUCCUACUGGAAAGGAGAAUUUUUGGACUGUUGACAUCUGAAUGGUGACCAACCUGUGGUUUCUGAUCAGCAGAAAGAAGACAGAACAUGCCUCAAUCAUUGACAGCUGUGAAAAAUGUGGGUCAGUUCAACUCGAAUUGAGGUGAAACUUGCCACUGAAAAGUGUUACAAGAAGUGGGAGAAGUUUUCUGGUAUGUUUUACAAAUUGUACACUUAAAUGUUCUCAGAUGAGAAAGUGAUUUUUCAAAAGUGUUACAUAAACUCAGUAGGUUAAUAUAAUGCAAGUCUGAUGGUGUAUUACUUGUACACAUGACAAGUGAGCAGGUGACGGUUUGAAAGUUUACUAGAAGUUUUGGCACGUUACUCGUGCACUCGACAGAUAAGCGAGUGAAGUUUUCAAAUUUUACUAGAAGUUUCACGGUGUUAAGCAAACGGUUGUGUGUCGCAAAGUAAAUAUUAAGGAAAUGGGUAUCUGCAUCAGGAAUCUGUUCAUUCAGACAUUGUCUGUCAGAUGGAGUUACCCACUAGUGUGUUGGUAAUCCAAAAUUACUCAAAUGUAAUAACAUAUAUUGUACUCUCAGCAAGAGGAGAAAUUUUCCACAAAUAUUAACAUGAUACAGUUGUCUUCCAGUGUGAUGGAACUGAAGAAAUGAACGUUCUGGAAAGUACGUGCCUCAGAUUUGUAGCCAGAGUGGUAAUAUACUUUGUGUAAAAGAUGAUUGAGGUUUCAAGUACAGUGUGGAGUCACUUCGAGUUGAUUAGUGAAGUGGUUAAUAUAUGGGAUUCAUGUUCAGAAGCAGUGGCAUUUAGUUACCAUCUAGUUUUAGGUUUUUGUUGGUUGAAUCAAUUGGGGCACAAUGUCCAUUGUUACCAAUAAAAAUAAGGCCUGUUUGCAUUUGUUUAUGAUUAAUAAGUUAAUGAUUUCAGUGUAAUGACCACUGUCAGACUUUUUGAUAUCCCUUGGAGUUCAUCCACAAAAUAAUUGUCAAAGAUAGGAUAGCAUUACAAAAGUUAGAUCUACAUGGAUAUCACAGCUCCUGAGCAGUGAGAUAUUAUGCCCGAUUGCUAUACGUCAUGCAAUUGCUGCUGAACACACCAGCUGAAUGCCGGACAUGAAAUAGCUGCAGAUCUCUCCCACUGUGUCUUAUGUAACUGUUGGGAAGCCAUCUCCUUGGACAUUAUGCAGUGUAACAAAUGAAAGGAGUCAUAAAGUAUUAUAUGAAAAGUAAAAACCCCUGCAGACAACCUAGGAUUCAUAAUAGCACUGCAGGAAAUACAAAUUCAUUCAGCAGUAUGCCAGUUGCUUUAGUGGUAGUUGUGGAUGUUAAAAUCAACUACGUAUGUUGUGAUUGUCAAGAUACACACCCUGAAGAUGAUUCCAUUAUCUAAUGUAUAGGGAGGAGUGGCUUGUUAAUCAAAAUUCUAUAUAUACUGUGAUUAUUGUACGAAAUAGAUUUUUAAUAUUAGUUUUUUAAUUUGUAUGGAUGGAAUACUGUGGAAUUGCAAGAUCUGCAGACAUCUAUGUGAAACAUAAAAUUACAGUGUUUUCAGUUAGUUGCAUUAAUGUCACUGACAGGGAAUUAGGUUGGAACUAAUGAAGAUUCAACAUGGAAAUAUUGUCCCCGGAUUGAGUUCAGAUUCGCUGAACUCGAUUGUAGUGAGAGUUUUGUAACCACACAGUAAUACUGAUUGUGCCGUGUCUGCCUGACUGACACAUCUUAGCCAGACUGUUAAAAGUAACAAUGACUACAUACUGAGAACUGUUAUGAAUUGGAAACAACUUUUCAUUCCUGUUAUUUUAGUAUGCAUAAUUUUUCAAACUUCCGUUUUAUGCAUUAUUUAACUUGGUUUUGCUUCAGCCAUAAACGGUUAAGCAUUUUUGUGGUAUCAUUUUUACUUUACUACCCAAAAAAUUGUUUGGUAAUCAAACUUUUUGAUGUACAAAUGACGGUAGUCCAUGUACUUGCUCUCACUGUAUGGGCUCCCGUUGUUCACAUGUCUGUUUUGAGGUCUGCAGUGUUGAAUUUUGCUUUCAAUGUAUUGUUACAAAAAAAAGAGGAAAAAUAUGAGAGCUUUCUCUUUAUGUAGGUGGAUUAAUUUUCACUAAAGGCAGAAACUGCCAAAUCAGCAGUCUCAUUUGAAA